AUGGAGAGGUACAUGUUCCAGUUUGGCGGUGGUGCGCACGUCUGCAUCGGCAGGAACUUGGCCCUCUUGGAAAUCAACAAGGUCAUCCCUAGAAUUAUCCGCGACUACGACCUGGAGCUCGUGAACCCCAGCCAGCCCCUCAAGGCGAACUCGACCUUUUUCGUGGUGCAGGAGGGUCUCAAUGUUUACAUUAAGAGGAAGAACUAA